UCAAAACAACCAAACCAAUCCAUGGCCUCCUCCUCCAUCGCCCGCUCGCUCGCCGAGAUCCAAGUCGGUCGCGUGUGAGGCGGCCGGCUACAGGGGCGUGCAGGCGGCGGUCAGGCACUGGCGACGCCAUGGUCUUCCAGCGAGGCGGGCGAGCACAUACAUGAAGGCCACGGGGGCCCGCUGCCCGCACGAGAGGGGAGGCACGAAGGAGGCGGUCGUCGCCGGUGGCGGGGCCGGAUGCGUCGGAUGCGCGCGCUUUCCAGUAGUCAACACAGACAGAUGUAGAGGCCAUCCAUGGCAGCGAGCGGCUCCGGUGGCGGCGAUGGGGUUGGGUGGUUCAAGCGUCCGCUUCUGCAGCUACAUGGGAUUUCUUCGUGACCAUCAAUGGGUAUGGGACUUCGUCAGUACGAUGACUCAGACCAUAUCUGCAUGCAGAGAACACAUAUGAACUUCUCCUGAGAUUGUGACUCAGCUACAUGGGUCAGAGUUGGUAGCCAUCCCCUGGACAGGGCACCAUGUCUAGGGUGUGUUGGCGUGCUUGAGCAGACGAAACACUAGCUGCGAGGUGGAGAAGACACCAUGGAUGGAUUUUGGUAGCUCUGAUGACAACAAUUUCAACUUAGUUCAAAGGCACAACAUACUAUGCUCAUGCAUAUGUGAUAUAAACCAAUUCUACAUUGCAGCUCACAAAGACUGCAAAAUUACUAGGGCUAGGAGAUUUGAGCAGUUAUGAAGGUUUUUGGACACGAAGCCCCACUGAAGGUUAUGAAUUUUCACUAUUAAGCUUCAAAGAUGUUGCAGUUGUGACAAAAAAUGUCCACACAUCACAUAUGAUCAGACAAGGUGGUUUUGGCAAUGUCCAAUGUCGCCGUCGCUGAGUUCCCCGGAAGAAGAACAUCGGUCAAGCAUUCCAAUGUCGCCUCCACUGAGUUCGCCACGGAGUCAUCCAAUGCCGCCUCCGCUGAGUUUUGCCGGAGGAAGAACAUCUACCGUCCGAAUGUGCUACACCAGAGGUAUGUAUCAACUUUUCCCAUAUUAGUCCAACAUUGUGGUAUGUAUCGGCUUUUCCCAAAUUAGUCCAACGUUGUUGGAUAUUGCUUGAAUAAAAAACAACCUGUGUAGCCUGGGCUUGUACUAAGGCUUCCUGUACUUUUUUCUCUUUAAUCUGAUCAUCCAAUCUCUGUAAGCUAGGUGUUGCCUAUUCCCGUUUGCUCUCUGUUUGAUUCAAAUCCAUGUCCAUAUAAGGUCAUCAACAACUUUCUGCUUGCUCCCUGUUUGACUCAACCUAUUUAGUUAGACAGGUUCAAUGAUUCAAAAUAAUAUUUGAGAAGCUUCUCUAUUGGCUGGCAUCCCUAAUGGUAGUUGUAGAAAUGUAGCUAAUGAAAGAGUACCUCAUAAUUCAUCGGAUGUAGACCAAUAGGGUGUAAAAGACUUUGAGUUUCUAGCUUUCAUAAAAUUUACACAUGUACUCCCUCCGUCUCAUAAUGUAAGACCAUUUUGCAAGCUUAACAGUAUGCUAUGGUUGGUACUUAAACUUGAACAAGCUUAACAGUAUGCUAUGUUGGUAUUUAAACUUGAACAAUGAGUGUGUCAAUUGAUGUUCAGGCAUAUUUAAUUAGCAACUAAUUAUCCUAUAGCGCUUUGACCCUAAUGUAUCCACAGUCCGACCAUGGGAGUGAAUAUCCAUCAGAAGAUUGCAGCCUUUUCCUGACUCCAUGCCCUUUGCAAGUGGAGUUGCAGAAAUGUAGAGUAUGAAUAGGGAAACGAUCAUAGAUGUCAACACCUACAGUAUAAUUUAUCUUGAUACAGAUGCACUGGAUUCUCAAGUAGUUUUAAUUUUUUUAUAGAUAGCUCAAGUACUUAAGCUUCUGCAUUUCAUGAAAAACGAAAAGAAGGUGUGAUGUCAGCUGCUCAAGCUAAUCAAGUAACAAAAAUAAAAGGGACCUGUAGUCAGGUUCUAUUAACUAAAUGUUGCACAUCUAUUAACCUGUAUCUUGAUAGAGAUGCACUGGGUUCACAAGUAAUUUUAGUGUGUUUUCUAGAUAGCUCAAGUAUUAAGCUUCUACAAUCAUGAAAAACAAGAAGAAGGUGUUCUAUCAGCUGAUCAAGCUAAUUAAGUAUAUAUAAGGACAGCGAUCAGUAGUCAGGUUCCAUUAACCAAAUUCUUCACAUCUAUUAACCUGUACUCAUAUUAGGCCAACAUUGUCUAAUAUUGCUGGGGGAUUUGCCCUUCUUUUUACAAAUCAAAAUCAGUCUGUGUAACCUGGGCAUGUACGAAAGUUGUCUGCACUUUUUUCUGUUUAAUCUGGGCAUCCAUCUCCAUAAGUUGGGCGUUGCGUGUACUUUAUAUUAGGCGUUACCUAUACUUUAUAUCAGUCCAACGUUUGCCAGUCCAUGUUGAAGUAUCUGUUUGCUCCCUGUUUGAUUCAAAUCUAUGAACAAAUAAGUUCUUUUUCUCCCUAUUUGAUUCAAGUUUGAAAUAUUCAUAGAUGCUACACUUCAGUCAGUAAAUGAACAAAAAACCUAGGACAGAUCUUUUAGUUAGUUUUGUGUCAAUGAGUAAAUCUGUGUUUGAGGUUACAUUUACUUUGAAUAGAGAAAUUAAGAAAAAAAUGUGGAAUCAUCACCACCCCUUAACCGAUCUGGCGACAGGAUGUAGAAAUUCAAUCUACUUGGUGGAGACGUACUUGCAUGUGAUGUCGUCGAACUAAUAGCCGUUAUAUGCCUUCCAUUGUGUUUUAAUUUUUUCUCUUGCAUUGCUUGGACUACCUGCUAGAAGCUCCUAUCAACUAAUAUUUGGGGGUCAUGUUCUUCAUAGUAAUAAUUAUGCCCUAUCAAUCCAGUUCACAUCUAAACACAAUGGGGACCAACGGGUCCUUACCAAUGUUUAUGGACCAAUGGGUCCUUGCAUUGCCUCUGACCAUGUCCCCAUCAACAUCAAAAUUGGCUCAUCUAUACCCAGAUCUAAUAUUUUCAGAUUUGAAAACUACUGGCUACAACAUUCUCAGUUUAAAGAUGUAGUCAAAUCUAUCUGGUCACAAGAAGUGAAUGAAAUUGAUAGUGCAAAAGUUAUUGCAGCCAAAUUUAAAAGACUGAGAAAAGGGCUUAAAAUAUGGGCAAGGAAAAUAUCACACUUGAGGAACACAAUUGUAGGUACAAACUUCCUUAUCCUGUGCUAUGACUAUUUUGAAGAAUUCAGGCCACUCUCCAUAGAGGAAUCAACUGGGAGGAGGAUACUAAAAGAUCAUCUUGCACAGUUACUUGAGCAUCAGAGGAUUUAUUGGAAACAGAGAGCUACCAUAAGACAAAUCAAGAUGGUAGAGGCCAACACCAAAUACUUCCAAGCAAAAGCCACAAUCAAAUACAGAAAUAAUUGUAUUGCUAUGCUCAGGGAUGAAACAGGAAUAGAGCACCAUGAUCACCAGGCCCAAGUUGCUAUUCUUUUCAGAGCCUUCAAAGACAGAUUGGGUACUUGCAUCCCUUAUGAUAACCCACUCAAUCUACAUGAUCUUAUACUCUCUUCAGUUGAUCUAUCUGAAUUGGAAGUCCCAUUCACCAAUAAGGAGAUUGACAAUGUGAUCAUGCAUAUGCCAUCAGAUAAAUCACCUGGGCCAGAUGGUUUUAAUGCAGCUUUCCUCAAAGCUUGUUGGGAUAUUAUUGCCAAUGACUUUUAUAGACUCAUUCAUGAUUUUUACUCUGGCAAUGUCAAUAUUCAAAGCAUCGACUACUCCUUCAUUACUCUAAUCCCCAAAGUUGAUGCUGCAACUAGCCCAGCAGAGUUCAGACCUAUGUCUCUAGUCAAUUACACACUCAAGAUAUCACUAAGCUUCUGGCCAAUAGAUUACAGAAAGUUAUCCUGAAAUUGGUCCACACCAACCAGUAUGGUUUCUUGAAUAAUAGUGCAUCCAGGAUUGCCUUGCUUGGUCUUAUGAGUACAUCCACCAGUGCUUCCAGAGCAAAAAAGAUCUGGUCUUCUUGAAGUUAGAUUUUGAAAAGGCAUUUGAUAUGCUUAACCAUGAGACCAUCAUUUAGAUUAUGCAAGCCAAGGGUUUUGGACCAAGAUGGAUUCAAUGGAUCAAAAUGAUCUAUGGGACUGGGUUUUCUUCAGUUCUUCUUAAUGGAGUGCCAUGGAAACAAUUCUUAUGCAAGAAGGGUGUAAGAAAGGUGAUCCACUAUCACCACUCAUCUUUGUGAUUGCUGCAGAUUUCCUUCAAACCAUGAUGAAUGAAUCCAUGCAUAAUAACUUGAUCUAGUCACCAUUGAUUCGCUAGUCUUGUACUGAUUACCCCCCAUCAUUCAGUAUGCUGAUGAUACCAUCCUGGUAACCAAAGCAGACAGUAGACAACUGGAGCACAUUAAAAAUAUUUUGCUUCACUAUGCUGCAUACACUGGGCUCAAAGUUAACUACUCCAAGUCUACUCUCAUUUCUAUUAAUACCCCUUUGGACAAGAUGAAUGCUCUAUCACAGUUGUUGGGCUGUAAUAUUGGUACAUUGCCACAUAAAUAUCUGGGUCUCCCUUUGUGUCACAUUAAGCCAAAGAUUGUGGACUUUCUCCCUAUGUUAAAGAGAAUUGAAUCAAGACUCCUGAGCUGCUCCACUUUGCUAUCCUCUGGAGACAAUCUGACCCUCAUCAAAUCAGUGUUCACAAGCAUGCCAACUUUUUUCAUGUGUACCCUCUGGAUACCCAAAACAGUAGUCAAGCAGAUCAAUACAUAUCUUAUGAAAUGUUUCUGGAGGAAAUUUGGUAUCCAGGAAAGAGGAUCAGUACUGGUUUCAUGGAAGAAAGUCUGUUUACCCAAAUCCCAUGGUGGAUUGGCAGUCCUGCAUAUCCAUAUACACAAUCAGACUCUACUUAUGAAAUUACUACACAAAUUCUUUAAUUAGGCUGACACACCUUGGGUUAAGAUUAUAUGGGAAACUUACUACCAAGAUUGUCUGCCAAGUGACAAAAUGGUGGGGUCAUUCUGGUGGAGAGGUAUUCUAAAAACCUUGCCUGCCUUCAAGCUUUAUGCCAUAUGCAAACCAGAAAAGGGAGACACCACUCUGUUUUGGCAUGACAAUUGGUCAGAUAUGUCUCUGCAACAAAAGCUACCUAAACUUUUCUCCUUUGCCAUCAACAAAGAAAUCACCCCGAGACAGAUUCAUGAGCAACAGGAGCUAGAGGUUUGUUUUCACAGACCACUCUCCCAGCAAGCACUCAAUCAAUUAAACCUCCUACAAGACCAACUUCAUAGUAUUAUGCGGACUGAAGAGACAGACCAAUGGGGAUAUAUCUGGGCAUCAACAAAGUACUCAUCAAUGAAGAUGUACAACAACCUCAUUGACAAGACUGAAGCUCACACAAUCUUCAGGCAGUUAUGGAAGUCCAACUGCAGACUUAGACACAAGAUUUUCUUUUGGAUGCUACUAUAUGACAGAGUAGCACAAGGAACCUGCUUCACAGAAGAAAGAUGUACCUACCUGAUUACAACUGUGCACUCUGUUCAGAUGCAAGUCAAGAAACUUUAAUUCAUCUCUUCUGGAACAGAGACACGUUUUGAGUACUUCAAAUCACUUUGCCUUGGCAUAUGCUGAGUUUGGAACGGGAGAGCUAGCCAACCCCGCCCGCACCCCCCCGCGCCGCUGACCGCUCCGGCCGCGGCGACCACCAGAUUCCGGCGCAUGCCAGGCACGCCCUCGCGCCCAAAGCCAUGGGGCGCUCGUGCUCCCCUCGAUCCUUUGGAUCCGCCCGCUCCAGCCUGCAGGGUAGUGACGGACGGGGCCAGCCAUCCCCAGUGCCAGACUUGGUCAGAUUCAGCGGUCCGUCGGAGGUGUCGUUCUCUCUACGCCCCCCUGGCGCGUCAACGACCCUCUCUGACACGAAUCCUUCUCCGGGGCGAGUGCUCCCAUGCCACAGACGCAUUCUCCACCUCGGUCGUUGUGCAGCCCCCCUCCUGAGCGGCUGCGACUUAUGUCCAUCGUUGUUCGGCCCUUCCCCUGUGCUAGCCUUUCCUCUUCGGGGCAUGGUGAUGAAUGGACGGAGGUCCAGUCGCGCAAAGAUCGCCGGCUCGGCCGGUGCCAUGAUGGCGUCCUCGGCCAUGACCCGCGGCCGCGCAAAGGCCACCGACCCGCCUUCAAUGCGAGCGCCGGGCGGGAGGCCUUCUUAAGGCGUUUCCGGGGCCUCUGCUUCAGAUGUCUCAGCUCCAAGCACCGGUGUGUAGACUGUAGGGAUCCAGUUUGCUGCAUCGAUUGCAAACUUCAAGGCCACACUAGCAAAGACUGCCCGAGCAAGAAGGGGCGCGCUCCUGUGAAGGCGCGGUUGGGCUCCCGCGUGGGUCGUGGCCCGAUCUGUGACCACAUCCGCUUCCCCUCGCCGCCGCCGGCGGUGCCGGACAAGACGAUGGCCCACCACACCGACCCGUUGCGCCGCCCAAGGUCCAGCCACAAGGUGGUGAUCGAGACGCCGGCUAUGGAGCGUCAGAUGUUCCUACUCUGUCGCCAUGCGGUGCUGCUGAUUUCCAUGGAGGAGCGCCAUGUUGCCAGCCCCAUGUCGGUGGGGCGUGCCUUCGACACGCAGCUGCGCAUGCCGGCGCACCUGCUGCGGGUCACGAGCCAUGAUCCGGAGGAUUUUCUCGUCCAUUUCGAGCUCCUGGCGCACAAAGACAAUGCCAUCGUGCACCUAGGCUCCAUCAACGUCGACGGUGUCAUCUUCAACAUCAAGCCGUGGCACGAGGACGACCACUUUGUGCAUCAGGAGUUUCUUCUCCACGUCUGCACCGUCAUCGAGAAGAUGCCGCUCCACCUUUGGUCUCUUGAAGGGGCGGCGGAGGUCCUCAGCGACAAGUGCAUCAUCGACCGCCUCGACAGUAGGAACCACGAGCGUGGGCACCUGAAGACCUUUGCAUGUUGGGUGUGGGUGUGGGAUGUGGCAUUCAUCCCCACCCGACACCAUCUGGAGGGCGCCGCAGGGUGCUGGCCGUGUGGAGGCCAUGUUGGGCUACUGGCCGCCAAGCCGAGAGGUGGCGCCGCUACCGCGCGUCUAGCGCCACGACAUGCUCGUCCACGUCGAUCGCGUCGAGGACUGGUCACCGCGCUCUUCGCAUUCCGUGCAGAGUGGCCUGCCCUUGUCGGAGUCUGAAGACGCUCGCUCGGUCCCGUCGACCUGGCCGGGAACAUGGACGGUGCACGUUGAAGACGGCCAAGGCCAGCGGUGCCACCCGACCCUGUUGGAUCCAUCUGGCUGCGGCAGCAUCCGUCUGGGCGGCCCCCGUCACCGCGACGACCACGACAACGACAAGGGCGGGUGCCGCUCAUGGAAGGACACCCUCCUAGGCUGCAAGCAGCCCAGAGGCACGCUACAGCCCCGGUGGGAUGCUGCUAGCUCAAGCCGUCAGCGGAGCCGGACGCCUGUCAGUCGCCGGCACGAGGCCGGUGGGCGGGCUUCCGGCGGCCGCCCGGAGUCUACCGUCCUCAAGGCCACGCCCCCGCUGCCCCUAGCCGCACGCGAGCCGCCUGCUGUUGCUAUGGUUGCCGAGGCGGGGCGGGACCCGGUGGCCGACUUCUUCUGCACCACCGACCCCGUCCUCCCCCUGCUGCCUCGUGUGGAUGAGGUGCAGCAGGAGCUCGAGGAGUCCAUCGCCAACGCGCUCGACUGCCCGCUCCAGUUCGCCGGCAGCUUGUCGAUGCGGCCUGCCGCUCCACGGCCACCGCUGCCCAGACCAGCCUGCAUGUAGGUGCCAUGACGCGACAAGUCAUGCAUCUGCAGCUCAACAGUACCAACGACCCGGUGCCGCGCCUCUUCGUCGAUGUCUCCCCUCCCGUGAUCUCCGCUCCUCCAAAGCACCGCUCCGCUGCACCUCCCAAAACCAGAUCCAUCUCUGCCCUAGUCAGGCAAAGCGCGCGUCAAGCUGCGCAACUGUCCAGCGUGCCGGUGGCGAAGAGGGCAUCCCUACUGGUGGUCAAGCGCCUCGACAUGCUGGGACCCAAGGAGAAGAUGAAUGCAAAGGUGUCUGAAGCUCUUAUUUGCCGUUUCGACGAGCCGCUAAUGGAAGAGGACAUCUCCAUCAUCGCCAAGCUCACAUGCCUCGACCCGGUAGCCCUCCGCAUUGCUGGUCGCAUGGCGGGGCCUGACGCGGACGCGGACGCUGCGGCUUAGUGUUGUUAUGUUAGUUCUACUUAGUAUUAGUCUCCGGCAGGGAUUGGCAUUAGGCUGAUUUGAGUUAGGUUUCAUGAUCGAUGACUGUAGUAUUUGUGCUAGGGCUGUGGGAUUGCUUCGCGCCAGAGUAGUUUUGGGCAUGUUGGUGGUCUCUGGCGCCCCCUCGCUAGGUGGAUGGUGUACUUGUGUUCGUCCCAGAUCAAUAGAAUGUUGCUUCUGCUGGAGAAAACCAUUGUUCCAUAUGAGUAACUCAACUGGUGCAAUCUUGAGUUGGAAUGUGAGAGGGCUGAACUGGCUAGCAAAGCACGCAGCUGUGCGCGAGAUUGUGGAGGCUCAUCGACCAAGCAUUCUAUGCCUCCAAGAAACAAAGCUGGAAUCCUGGACACCCGCCGUUGUUCAGGAGCUGGGGGGUCGCAAGCUUGAGGGAUGCUCUGUCCUGCCUACAGUGGGCACCAGGGGAGGAGCGGCCAUUAUCUGGGAUAAGGCUGUCAUUAGUUUCACCACCCAUGCUAUUGGUUGCUUCUCGAUCACGGGCAAAGUGACUGAUCUGCAGGGCUGCUCCUCUUUCUGGAUGACGACUAUUUAUGGACCGGCUGACGAUGCACGCAAAGACGCCUUCCUGGCAGAGAUGGCACAUGCUGCACCACCUCCGCGGGAGCCUUGGUUGAUGAAUGAAUAUUUCAAUGUCAUCUAUGAAGCGAGGGACAAGAACAAUCUGAAUUUGAACAAGAGGAUUAUGAGCAUGUUCAGGGCAGCUAUUGACACGACGGGUUUACGUGAGGUAAAGUGGAAAAAUAGAAAGUUCACUUGGACAAACGAGCGACAUGAUCCAACAAUGGUAUCCAUCGACAAGGUCUUCUGUAAUGCGGAAUGGGAUGUCCUCUUUCUAUCCUAUAUGGUAAUUGCUGCGGCAACUGUGUGCUCGGAUCACUGCCCGCUUGUGCUGGCCAACUCUACAGCCCCAAAAAGGAGGCCUGUUGUCAGGUUUGGGUCUUUCUGGCCGCGUUUUCCCCUCUUCCACAACACGGUUAACUUGGCUUGGUAACGGCCGGUGAACCACACAUGCCCAGUCGUAAGGAUCAAGGUGAAAAUGCAAAGGGUUGCUCAUGAUCUUAGCAUAUGGGCCAGAACUCACUUCAGCGAUGCCAAGGUGCAGUUUCACCUGGCCCGUGAGGUUGUGCCGUGGCUGGACGUUGCGCAAGAGAAUCAUGCUCUCACUCCAAGCGAAUUCAACCUGCGCAAACAACUAAAGCAAAGAAUUCUGGGGGCUGGCUGCAAUUGAGAGAGCUCGCAAGAGACAAGCAUCCCAGAUCACCUGGCUCAAGGCGGAUGACACCCGCACUGCCUUCUUUCAAGCCAAGAUCAACUCGUGCAGGCAAAAGAAUUUCAUUCACUUCGAGGCUGACAAUGCUGUUAUCACUGCGCACGAUGAAAAGGCCUCUGUUGCUCACAAGCAUUUCUCCAACUUGCUGGGAAGAAAAGAGGACAUAAAGUGCUCGAUAAACUGGGAGGAGCUGGGUAUGCCCACAGUCCAAAAUGAGGGGCUCGACAACCCGUUUACUGAGGCCGAAGUUUGGGCUCCAAUCUUGGCGUCGCCAGCGGACCUGGCACCUGGCCCUGAUGGGUUCUCGGGCAUGUUCUUCAGAAGCUGUUGGGGUACGAUAAAGGAGGAACAGUGCUUGCAUCGUGUUGGAGGCCCAGACACCGGACACAAUACUUUGGGCACAUCACAGUUCGGGGAUAUACUCCACCACAUCUGCCUACAUUGCCCAAUUUGCAGGUGGACAACACAGCAGCUUCAGGAAUUUAAUAUGGAAGAUAUGGGCACUGGGGUAGAUCAAGAUGUUUCUCUGGUUCCUCCACCAAGACAAGCUUUGGCGCAAUGACAGGUUGCAACAGAGGGGCUGGGAAAAUGGCUAUUUUUGCCCCAUAUGCAUGAGAAAUCUUGAGUCAUCCUUUCACCUCUUUCGGGAGUGCCCAAUCUCCUUGAUGGUUUGGAACAAAGCUGUUGCCUGGACCGGCUGCCAGGCUCUGAACCCUGCUGGUUGGCGCAAUGCUACUAUGUCGACGGGCUGUGCCGAGACGAUACUAGCUGCUGCGGCUACAAGCAACUGCAAGGGCACCAAGUCGAUGCUGGCCCUCAUCGCUUGGCACAUCUGGCUGGAGAGAAACUCAUGUGUCUUCAGAGGAAAGCAGGCAGACGAGCGACACAUCGUCGAGGCAUGUCGCAGGGAUAUGGAGCAAUGGAGAUUGGCAGGCGCAAAAUGCAUUGGGCAUCCCUUCAGGGACAUGACGUGAGGUAUCGCCCAAAAGCAUCCUCGCCUGGGAGCAAAGUUCCUCCCAGUGGCCCGCUGUCAUUUUAUUUCAUCCAUUUGAUCACUUGAUCUGAAACAUUGUCAUUCUCUCCUGCUAAAUCAACGAAACACCAACUCCAAGCUGGUUUCUUCAAAAAAAAAUCUCUUCUCGAACUGCCACUUUGCACUAAGCUGUUGGAACAACAUAAUCCCCAACAGAGAGAGAGGUAUUUCGACUUAUGAUGAGAUUAUACUGACCAUCACAGGGCUACCUAAGGACAUUGCAAUGGAGAUCAUUAUCUUGUGCUGUUGGGGAAUAUGGAUGGUUAGGAAUGAUAAGAUAUUCAGAGCUGCACCACCCAAUUUGAACACCUGGAAAUUCUACCUACAGGAAAGGCUGCAACACAUCAAGCUCAGGUCAAAGCACGCCAAGGGCGACAAGAUAGAUUAGUGGAUUGAACAGUUCAUGUAAUUUUUCGACUAUGUUGCCUAGAGCUGGUAUUGGGUGAUUCGCCCCAUGUAUUAUACUUUUGUACAUAAUUUUAUAUUAAUGAAAAUACAAUAGAACAAUUGUUCUA